UCAGAAGUUCCCCUCGGAUGUGAUUGUCUAUUCGUGAGUCAAAAUGAAGUAUUAUACAUGGUGUUUCACCGCUGACCGCUCACAUCUCAGACGAUUUUUCUUUCCAACUUGUCGCCCGUGAUGUACUAACUUACUAUCGCUAAAUUUGAUCAGUACCUUAUUGCACACGUCGAUGUUUUUUACCAUCUUUGUUGUGUAUCGCAGACGAGUGGCAGAAACAUUCCUCUGAAGGAGCGUGCCUUUCGUGAUCCUCUACCGUUUCAGAGAUCCUUUAGCAGAUAAUGAGUACAAGAGCUACAUCAACAGCUUUUUCAGACUUUGUUCUGGCAGGUUGUUCACUGUAUGCAGCGUUGAAUGUCCGCGAGGUGUCUGGUUCUGCGGCAUUGGGUAUGGUUUGUGUUGCAAUAGCUGCCUCUCUCGGAGUUCUAAGGUUUGGGGUUGUCUUCCCGAACAUUCAGUCAAAAGUUAUUCAAUUGCAUAAACUUUUAACAUGGAUUGCAGCAGUUUUAGGUAUUCCUCUUAUUGGAGCAGGAUUUUGUUUUCAUCACCACAAACCUGCUAAUGCUAAGUGCCAUCUGGAAAAUCUAUGGAUGUCAGACACCCCAGCAAUCCUGUAACAAAUCAAUCCAAUUGAUGUAACAUCAUGUAGCUGUUAAAGUUCUCAUCUUCAGUAAUUAUUGAAUAAAAGAAAUAAUUAAAGAAAGUAAGGAAGAGGUCACUGAGCAUCAGACACAAAACUAAGCCCAAUUCAAGUCUCUACAAAUCUAUCAGCAGUAUAAUUUGUUGAGUUUACCUCACAACACACUCACUUGGGCAUGGAUUGCACUUGAGAUAAGUUUAUAACUCCUUUAGGAAAAGACACCACGAUUACAAACAAAAACGUUUUAGUCAAAUAAGUUGGGUCACACUAGUGCGAGGUAACUUUCACUGUUUUGGUACAUGGAGAACUGAAGAAAACGAAAACAAUUUUUUGUUUUCUUCAGUUCUCCAAAAAAUGCUGAGCACAAGUAAUUGAACCAUCUGACUGAAUUUCACUUCAAAAAUAUUUUAAAACAGUGAUUGCAGCACAUGGGCAGUCUUGUCCAUGUUGGCAUGUAUAUUGCAGUUUCAUGGCAUAGAGUAUGGAUACCAGAAAACACUGAUUGGAGAGCAGUAAGGAGGUAAACUAAACCAAAUCAAGUUGCACAAGGGAAAUGUUUCACAAAUAGAAAAUGCAAAAUAUCUCCACACUAUUGCCUUAAAAUGACAUGCACACUGCACCUUGCAGGGCAACAAAAUUAUCCAAAAAAACAAGGCAAACUUUUGCUUGUAGAUAAAGGUUUGUUUUCUGAGAAACUCAAAGGAAUGCACAGGGUAUUUUGACCAGUGUCAACUUAAAGUAGAAACUUAAGUAACAUAGAAUCAAAAAUGUAGAUGCAACAGGUAAACCUUCAAAUAAAUAAACAUUCCAUGUGACCUUUCAUUGCUUGCAUGUAAAUACACUUUAUU